AACUUUUACCGGGUAUAUAAUAUUUAAAAGUAAAACAGUAGUUUUGCUGUAGAAAGAAACAAAUAGUGAAUAAAUCAGAAAUACAAAAAAAAAAAAUAUCAUUGACUUCCUUGUUUCCUGUAAAACUUGAUACCACGGGAGAGGAGUGUCUGCCAGUCAGUAAGCCCAGAAUUCUCACUCGAGUCGAGUUGAGCCCACGAUAAAGGGAGUGGCCAUGGAGUGAAUGUGGCAUUGUACCUGAAGGGACUGUGAAGUAAGGAUAAGCAGAUGGCUUUCUUGUCGAUCCACUACAUCUACUUUAGCUGCUUGAUAUCUGGAGCUGCCUUGUGUGAUAUGUCACAGUCAUUUAAUGGAGUAAAAGCACGGGGGGAUAUUAUCAUUGGUGGUCUUUUUCCCGUUCACGAAAAAGUUAUUUAUACUACAGGCCAAGAGAAACCCGAACCACUUGCCUGUGAGGCAUUUGAUAUUGCUGGCUUUAGUGGAGUACUUUCAAUGAUUUAUGCAAUAGAGAUGAUAAACAACUCUAGUCUCCUAGGAGACAUUCGGCUGGGCUAUGAAAUCUAUGAUACUUGUGCUGAAGUCACCACAGCUGUAAGAGCAACCAUGAAUUUUAUUGUAAAGUCCAACUCUUCUAAAGAUUGUCUAGAACCUGAAUGUACCAACUCAGAAUAUAUUCCAAAAGUUAAAGCUGUGGUAGGAGCGUCCUAUUCUGAAAAUUCAAUGGCUGUUGCAAGAGUAUUAAACUUACUGCUGAUGACUCAGGUUAGUUAUUCAUCAUCUGCAGAAAUACUAAGUGAUAAAGUGAGAUUUCCUGCAUUUUUAAGAACAGUGCCAAAAGACAGUUACCAAACAAGAGCAAUUGCCAAACUGGUGAAAAGAUCUGGCUGGAACUGGGUUGGAACCAUAGCAACCGAUGAUGACUAUGGUCAGGCUGCUAUAGACAGUUUUAUUUCACAGGCUACAGAGCUUAACAUUUGUAUUGCAUUUAAACAAAUUAUUCCUGCUUAUUUGUCCGAUAAAACAAUAGACAAGCGGAUAAAUGAAACAAUUAAAACUCUGUAUAAAGAAACAAAAGUGAAGGUCAUUGUUGUCUUUGCUAAACCUAAACAUAUGAUUAAACUAUUUUCAUCUCUGGAUAAAGCAGCAAUGAGUAAAAUUUGGAUUGCAAGUGAUAGUUGGUCUACAUCCUCUGAAGUUGCCAAAUUUCCUGGAAUAAAAGAUGUGAAAAAUAUCAUUGGAUUUAUGUUUAAAGGAGGAAAUCUAACAUCAUUUUCAAAUUUUUUGAAAAAUCUACCAACAAAUGAGGAAUACUUAAAUGAAAAUGUCUUUCUAAAGGAAUUUAUGGAUUUGCUCCCGAGUUGUUUAGCAAAUUCAACCAACUCUUCAAAUUGUUUGUUGAACUUUAAAGUUGGAGCUUCUGAAGAUGAGAGGGAUAUCUUAAUGAAAAAUUUCCGUCCAGGAAUUGCAUACAGGACACUGCUGGCUGUUGUUGCUAUUGCUAAUGGAAUUCGUGAUUUCUACACAAGAGAAGAGUAUCAGAAUUCCACAGAUUUUCCACCUUGGAAGUUGCUGGAAAGCAUCAAAAAUGUUACAUUUACAUACGAAGGCCAAAACAUCAGUUUUGAUUCUUAUGGAGACGCCAACAUUGGCUAUCAGAUUGUCAUGUGGAAAACCAGGAAUGAGACAUUGAAUCUUCAAAAUGUUGUGGCUGAAUAUGAUAUUGAAAAUGAUGCCCUCGUUUUUAAAAGCAAUGAAACAGAGAAACAGAUCGAUAGCCUAAAGAAUAUUGUCUCAAACUGCUCAGACACCUGCAACAAAGGACAGUUUAAGAAAACAGCAGAAGGACAGCAUACCUGUUGUUAUGAAUGUAUUAACUGUACAGAGAAUCAAUAUUCCAACAAUACAGAUAUGGAUCAGUGUUUAUCAUGUGAUACCAACAAAGAGUGGUCCAGUCCAGGAAGUGCCAGAUGCAGUCUAAAAUCUCUAGAGUAUUUCACAUGGGAUAACGGCUUUGCAAUAGUUUUGCUUGUUUUGGCAAGCUUGGGUGCAAUGUUUGUGAUUGUGACUACCAUUAUCUUUGUAAGGUGCAGAGACACACCAAUUGUCAAAGCAUCUGGGGGAACAAUCUGUUAUGUGAUUCUUUUCUGCUUGCUCUGCAGCUUUUUUAAUUCUGGCCUGUUUGUUGGAAAACCAUGCGAUAUACUAUGUAAAAUCAGGCAAAUGGCCUUCGGGUUGAGCUUCACUUGCUGCGUUUCAUGUAUUUUGGUUAAAUCGCUAAAGAUAAUAUUGGCAUUUAAUUUUAAUCCCAGCCUACAGAAUAUUUUACGGAAAGCUUACAAGCCAGUUCUUAUCAUCGUUUGCUGCACUGGAAUCCAAAUUAUAAUUUGCAUUACUUGGCUAAUCAUUUAUAGUCCUCAUGAAGAAAGAGUGCCCAUGCCAAAUACCAUACUCCUGCAAUGCAAUGAAGGGUCCAAUGUGGUCUUUGGUUUAAUGUUAGGGUAUAUAGCUCUACUUGCAAUGAUAUGCUUUAUUUGUGCAUUUAAGGGACGAAAACUGCCAGAAAAUUAUAACGAAGCAAAAUUUAUUACAUUUGGCAUGCUAAUUUACUUUAUUGCCUGGGUUAUUUUUGUUCCUAUUUAUGUAACCACAAAAGGAAAAUACCUUCAGGCUGUUGAAAUGGUUGUUAUUUUAAUAUCCAAUUAUGGCAUAUUAUGCUGUCAUUUUUUUCCUAAAUGUUAUGUAAUUCUAUUUAAAAAGGAUCACAAUACAAAAGAUGCCUUUUUACAGAAAAUUUUUGAAUAUUCCUCCAGGAGUGCCAGCAGAAUAUCAGCAUGCAGCAUUUUAUCAACGGAUUCUUUAUCUUCACCAAAGACAUUAAUGUUUUACGCAAACAGCCCUUCCCAGGUCAGUUCAGACAGAAGCAACAUUUACAUAUUUGAAAGCUGUAAAGAAGCUAUAGGUAAAGAAAAGGACAAUGGGAGAUUAUGGAAUAGAAAUAAAUUUGUUCGACGGAAAAGAAUGGCAAGUGUGUAAUGUGUUUAUACUCUAACAUGUGGACUAUUUUGACAUAGGUAGCACCUAAUUUAUCAUUUUAUGUACCCAUUUACCAGAGAUAAAAAGCUCUGCUCUUCAGUUUUUUUUUUUGUUUUUUUUUUUUAAAUCUAGCACAUCGUCUUUCAAACUUGUGUGGACACUUCAUGCAGAAACACAUUAUACCUAAACAAAUUCUUUUUCAUUUAUAUGCUGACAGAAAACAGAAAUGUACAAAUGGCACAUUUUCUGAAAUGAGGACUUA